AUGGGAUGCAGCUGCCGUAUCCAAUGCUGUCUGCGUAUGGAGGAUGCUCAAGCUGCUUUGGCCGAAGGAACCGCCACGUUCCGGCUGCUGCCUGCGCCUGCUGCGGGAGCGACGGCUGCUGCGGGGACGCAGCUCUCCGUGGGCUGCUCCACCUCCCCGCGACGCCACGUCGCCCCGGCUCUGGGAACGCGGGGAGCUGACAGUGGACCCCCCCCUUCCCUGCUUCAUGCUUGGACAGGGAGGAGCUGUUGUUCCCCCUUCCCCAGGAGUGAUUUAACGAUGCUUUCCCAUGGAGCCACACAACUAGUUUUCAGCUGGAGUGGAAAAAACACUCAGACGGCAGUGGAAAAAUGCUCUGCUGGCAUGGAGAAAGGAGGAAGGUGCAACGUGGAGAACGCCUGCUACAGCCUGGGGGUGUGCGCCGAGCGCACUGCUAUCCAGAAAGCCAUCUCGGAGGGACACACCAGCUUCAGGGCCAUGGCCAUCGCCAGUGACAUGGGGGACAACUUCAUCGCGCCCUGCGGUGCCUGCAGACAAGUGAUGAGAGAGUUCGGCACAGACUGGGAUAUCUACCUGACCAAAGCGGAUGGCACCUACAUCGUGAAGAGACUGGAGGAGUUGCUACCACUUUCCUUCGGCCCUGAACACCUAAAGAAAGCAUGAGCAGUGUGGCCACCACCAGCCUUUGCCCUUCGGCAGCAGGGGAGAAUGGUUUUCCCCAAUUUCCCUGGCGUGUAAGCAGCUUUGUGGGGACGAUGCAAUGGGAAAUGGUUUUGUAGUAUUAAGUUACCAAUUCCUCUCACUCAUCUGAUUCAGCACUGAUUCACAGAUGCCUGGCCCACCUCAUCCCAGGGCAAAAAGAAAAAUCAAACCAUAAAAGCUCCCUGUUAUUAGAAAGCAAGUGUCUAGAUACCACUGUAUUUGAGGGGAAUUUCACAGGUGGAAGGGUUUGGUGCUUGGCUCAAGCUUGGGCUUGUUGUCGCACAAACCACUCCUGAAUAAUGCAAUCAUUGCUUGGGAAAAUGCAGGAUUCUUCACCUCUAAACGAGAAGCAAAAGGAAAGGCUCCAGCUGCCCCAGCAAUUUUUAAUAAACCAGUUCAGAUCGGGCAGUUUGCUGGAACUGAAUGGUUACCACACCGAAUGUGUCCUUUGCUUGUUUCUCUCUGGCUUGUUACUCUUGCUCUUAUUCCGCCUGUUGUAAUGAAGAAGGAGAGGAGUUUUGGGGAGCUUCUGGAGAGUUUCUGUCUCCAGAGCAAUACCAUUUGCCGAUUGUACUAUUAAUUUAAUUAUGCACAAUGAUAAAAUAAUGCAUUACAUUUCCUACUCAGUGCUGGGCUGGGCAUUACUGCUCCUGCCCAAGUAAAAUAAAAGCAGUCCUGGUUUAUAUUUUGCAGUUGCAGCAAAUGAUGAAUCACAGGGAAUGGGAAGUGGGGCCCUGGGUCUGCCUCGCUGCCAGGCUGGGCAGGGGGGUGCCCCGGACAUUGCAUGGCCCAGAGCACGGCCAGUGCUUGUCUGCCC